GCCGAGGACCUGCUGGCGGACGUGACGGUACUCACCAAGCAGAAUCAGAAAUCGGAGUCGGCUGAGCCUAACGUUAGAAAGCGACAAAAUGUAGCCAAAGAUGGAACACAUUCCCAUAGUAACUCUGAAUAUUCGAAAGAGCAGCUGGAGCACGUGAAGAGGAUUAAAAAAUGCAAGGAUUAUUACGAGAUUUUGGGAGUCAGCAAAGACGCUGCGGACAGCGACAUUAAGAAGGCUUACAAGAAAUUAGCGCUUCAAUUACAUCCUGACAAGAAUAAAGCGCCAGGCGCCGCCGAAGCUUUUAAGGCUAUUGGUAAUGCGGUUGCUAUUCUUACUGACACGGAGAAACGGAAACAGUACGACACGUACGGUCCUGAAGAAGAACGAAUGCAGAACGUGCACACCCGCCAAGGCCAUACACAUUAUAACUAUACCCGUGGAUUUGAAGCCGAUAUCACAGCCGAAGAGUUAUUCAACAUGUUUUUCGGCGUUGGCUUCCCGCAACAAGAAUUCUAUAUGCGUCGACCAGGUGGGAGAUGGAUGCGGCAGUCAGAGGCACAAGCGCAACAUGCUCAUAAUCAGCAAGCAAAUGGAUAUACGUCAUUUCUUCAGCUGUUGCCAGUUCUGUUAUUAAUAUUGUUAACCAUGAUGAGCAGUUUUUUCAUAUCCGACCCGGUAUACAGUCUGCACUCGAGUUCGAAAUAUUCUGUGGCCAGAACAACUCAAGUUUUGAAAGUUCAAUAUUAUGUUAAAGAGAACUUUCAUAGUGAAUAUCAAGGGAGUUUACGUAGGCUAGAAAUUUCAAUUGAAGAGGAGUACGUGAGUAAUUUGAGGCAAAGCUGCGCCAGAGAAAGGAAUUACAGGGAAGGUAUAAUGUGGAAAGCCCGUAAUUUGGGAGAUCAAGAUCUAUUCAUGAAAGCUAAAAAUCUCGAAACACCUUCGUGUAAGAAGCUACAAGAACUGCAAGCAUAAUAGAUAAAACGUGUAAACUAAAAAUAGGAGUUUUGUGUGUUGUAGAUAGAUGUAUAUUAUAUUUACACAUGUAUAAUUGUCUUUGGGUGUAUAAUGGGAAUUUGUUAUAAAAUUACAUAUAAGG